AUGUCAGUCAACGCAAAGUAUAUCAAGGCAGAUCAUGUUCACAAAGUGAGACCAUUUCUAGCUACUCUUGCGAUGGCGCGCGGUCAUCAAAAGAUUCAAUCUCAACAAAAAGCCCAAAAGAAGGCUGAGGCGUUGAAAAAGGCACAGGGAUGCGAUCAGCGCGGUGCAGCUCAAAAGGCGUUACACCACAAAUGCACAGUGUGCAUGGCACAGAUGCCCGAUCCAAAAACCUACAAGCAGCAUUUCGAAAGUCGCCAUCCGAAAGUACCGCUCCCGGCUGAGCUGCAAGCCAUUCAGUCGUAG